ACAAACUGGGCAGCUACAAGUUGUAGUAGUACAUCCCCUUAGCCAGCCGACACCCAAAAUUCAUAGAUAAUAUAAUUCCCUUUCCUAUCCUUUGAAAAACAAAAGUAUAAUGGGAAGAUCACCUUGCUGCACCCAAACUUUUGGUAUCAAAAAAGGCCCUUGGACUCCUGAAGAAGAUAUCAUCUUAGUUUCUUACAUUCAUCAACAUGGCCCUGGCAAUUGGAGAUCCGUUCCCAACAACACAGGUUUGCUUAGAUGUAGUAAGAGUUGUAGAUUGAGAUGGACUAAUUACUUACGACCGGGUAUUAAGCGUGGCCAUUUCACUGAUCAUGAGGACAAUAUGAUUGUUCAUCUUCAAGCUCUCUUAGGCAAUAGAUGGGCAGCCAUAGCCUCUUAUCUUCCACAAAGAACUGAUAAUGAUAUAAAAAAUUAUUGGAAUACCCAUUUGAAGAAAAAGCUUAAAUUAGGCUUUGAUGAUCAAAAUAAUGGUUUUUCAAAGGGUCAGUGGGAAAGAAGGCUUCAAACUGAUAUUCAAACUGCUAAACAAGAAUUGAGACAAGCUCUUUCCCUUACAACAACAGACCAAAAUUCAAUUCAAUCCAAUCAAAACCUUAACCCACCACCUUUUUCAGCUAAUUCUUCUAUUUCCCAAUUAUUAUUACCAAAUCAACAACAUGCUUCUUCUUCUUCUACUACUACAUAUGUGUCAAACGCUGAAAACAUAGCUCGAUUGUUGGAAAAUUGGACCAAAAAUUCACCCAAUAAAUGUACCACAAAUUCAGAAUCAACAACAACGACAACGACAAGUGGGAGCCAGAAUUAUUAUUGUUGUUUGUCGGUGGAGGCUGAAAGUUGCAAUUCUCAAGUUGGAGAUGAUGAUGAUAAUCAGGGGGGUGGUGUACAGCAAGUUCCAUUCAAUUUGUUAGAGAAAUGGCUGUUGUUUGAUGAAGCUGCACCUCAAUAUCAUCAAGAUUUCCACAAUUUGUCCUUGCAAGAUUCUCAAAGCCUUCUUUAAUUAAUUAAUUACCUAUGUCUUUAGUAUCUGUAUAAGUCAUGGCUUAUCUUUUACCUCAAAACCCCAACAAUUGUAAAUCUACCAAUUAUUAUUAUUAUUACUUUUACAAAACUUGAAUGGGGAGAGAUUUCAAUCUUUGUGUAGGUUUUUAUCCGUUGAGUUAUGUUUAUAUUGUUGGCAAUGUAUAUUGUGUUAGCAAAUAUUAUUUCACGAGGUAGAAAUUUUCAUUAAAAAGAA